CAAUGGCCUUGUACUUAUACGUCAGUCGUCCCUCCUUCAGUUGAAUGUAUAUCACAGUGUAAUGAACGAUGAAAAAAAUCUUGGCCCGACUAGCGCAGAGCGAUUCUGAUGACCCAAACAACUCCCACAACAAUAUCGCUGGCAGCACCACAUCCUCUCACUUUACUUCUUUUCUUGGUCGGCAUUUCCGUAUCGGAAAAUUGUCGCUUGUGGUCGAUGAAAUAAUUGCUGAAGGUGGUUUCGGCGUGGUUUUCCGUGUCCGUUCGCAGCAGGGACAGUACUAUGCGCUAAAGCGAACCUGUGUGAAUAGUGCUCAGAAUUUGGCUAUUUGCAAGCGAGAGAUCACCAUUGUGAGUUCACUGUCGCAUAAGAACAUCCUUCGGUCUAUCGAUUCGCGGAUCAAUCGGAUACAGGAUGGAAUUUUCGAAGUUCUGCUUCUUACGGCCUACUAUCCUGGUAGUCUGUCACACCUGCUGAGCGAACGACAGCAACACCAGCAACGGCUAACGGAAGUGGAAGUGUUACGGAUAUUCUGUGAUCUCUGCGAAGCUGUCUGCCGGCUGCAUCACUGUAAAACACCAAUCAUCCACAGGGAUUUGAAAGUUGAAAACAUCCUGAUAGAUGAACGCCAAAACUUCGUCCUCUGUGACUUCGGCAGUGCAACUUCUCGAGUCCUUCAUCCGGCGGUGCAUGGACUAGAACGCUGUCAAGAGGAAAUCAACAAAUACACUACACUUGCCUAUCGUGCUCCAGAGAUGAUCAACUUGUACAGCAAUGUUCCGCUUGGACCACAGAUUGAUAUCUGGGCUCUCGGUUGUCUCUUGUACUGCCUUUGUUUCACCGCGCUCCCGUUUGGCGAUAGUGCUUUGGCCAUUCAGUCGGGGAUCUACAGUAUACCGGAUACAUCGCCCUAUUCAGAGCGGUUACAUCGUUUGAUUGGCUAUUUGCUGCAGAUCGAUGCUGCAAAACGACCUGAUAUAUUUCAGGUAUCUGCCCUCGCCUUCUCUCUCACCGCCCGCCCCAAUCCAGCCCAGAAUCUCAACAAUUUGCCCGUCCCCCAUUGGCAAGAUCUCUCGUUGCCUCCGCGCGAAUCUCAGUUGAAAGCCUUACGAACCCAGCCUCUAGUACAUGAGCCCGCUAAACGGUCUUCGGUCUUGUCAAGUGGGAGCCAACUCGCCACCCCCUUUUCUAUCAACAGCAUCACCCUCGCACCACGACAACGGCCAAGGGGUGUCCAGAUGGGAUCUGUAACAACUGAAAAUUGUGUAACGCCUAUAAAACCACCACCACCACCCUCCUCAACCGUUCGAACGCUUCCUCAACAGAACUUGGACAGUUUUGGUAGUUCCUCUGCUCAGCCCGACCCGUUUGUGGACGAUUACCAAAAGCCACUCUGUCAAACGACGAUUCUGGAGCAUGAAGAACAUGAGCCCUGGGAAGCUGAUUUUUCCAACGAUCUGUUUCCAACCCGAAACUCAUCCACGGUGCAACCUACGAACCUGGUUCCUCCCAACCUUGAUACUCAUCGUGGUCACCAUCGCACAUGGAGUGUGGAUGUUAGUUGCGUAUCUCGAUUCACCGAAGGGUCUCAAUUAAUGGUGAAGUCAUCGACUGAAACGGCCGAAGUUCAAUCAGGUUUUGCAAGUCCGCCCCACUGUCGACCUAGUAAAGCUGACGCAUCAGAUGGUAGCUGGAUGCCACUCAACAACCAACUUCGGCAGGUGCAGAGUCUAAUGUCACUACCAACCUCGAGCUCAUCUACUACCCACUUUCAGUAUCCUUUCAACCGUCACAAGGCAUAUUGCCCUCCUCUUCGACCAUCCAACUCGACUUUCCCGGAAAAUCCAUACGACAGCGCGUGUCGUAAAACUCCUGUCACAUGGUCGCAUGGUGCCUCCGACGACACACGACCUCUUGGAUCUGCAUUUUACGCCUCCAAUCCAAAGGUGGAUGAAGAUGAACUUUUCGGUGCCGCAUUUGACGCCAUUCGGAAAAAACCCAAGCAACAGUCAGCUGUGAUGCCCGUCCACUCAACUGAAGACCGCAAACCUGUCGACCAAACUUGUUAACUGCCGUCUGCUUGCUUCUGCGUCUACCUUGAUUGGAACCAAUCGAACUUUCAGUCAACGACCAGCUUAUUUAGGCCUUAUGCCCGCCUCUGUUCAAUGCUAUUUUUCUCUCCACUUGCUUUCCAUGCUUCAUGCUCCUGUUGCAUUCUUUGUCUUCUUUAAUCUUCGUUCCCUUCCACAGUUAUCCAAUCAGAUCUCUCGCAUUUCUGUGACAGUCUUUUCAUGUCGUCCAUUCCUCCUUUUCGCGCAUACUCAGCCAGAUUUAUUAUUUCUCUCUCUAUGGCUAUUCAAUGACCAGUGAUCUUCAUGGCCACACAUUCGCUGACCUGUUUCCAGCGUUUGCGUUUGAUCGUUCUGUCUUUUUCAAGCAACACGAUGGAUACAAUUUUUU